UGUGACAAAAGAAGUUCAAGGAGUAUUAUUUUUUGUAAGGUUCUGUAAAUGAUUUAAUCUGCAAGGAUCUUGAAUGACUAAAACAGACACAAGGGGUAUAAGUAGUGGCUGCAGGACAGGAGCCAUGGGUUGCAUUCAGUUACUGGAGCAUCUGACAGAAAGGAUGACAACAUUCUGAUGUAGGAACCAAGAAGAGAUAAGUCUUUAGUUGGUUCCACCAACUCCAUGCCGGCCGCUCCAAAACAUUAAUAAUACUUCCAGUCAAAAGACAGAAGAAUGGUAAUCAAUUGGGUUUCCUCCAACGUGGCGACAGGAAGUUAAGGAAACCACGAAGUUCUUUCAACUUAAAAGCAAUUGGUUGAUUUUUCUUUCUGUCAUUGAUGCAUGAUGAGUGAAAUCCAGAUUAAAUACAAAUAAUUUUUACUCUCUUCCAUCAAACAUAGUUGUUUUCUACCUCUUAAAACAUCGAAGUUGUAGCACUUUAGGCAGAUGUCAGAGACCUUUGUAAGUUAUUACAAACAAAGAGGCUUUCAGAUAUAAGGAGGCAUUAAGUGAGAAUGAUAAUCCAUUUUUUCUUAUAAAUUGAAUAUCCAUGUUUUCAGAGAUUUUUGAUGUUUUUGAAUCGUUAAAGAAAGAUUCAGUGAAUCAUAUUCACAGCAAACAGAGGGAAAUUGAGCCGGAGAGAGAGGACAGGGAUGGGAGGAGGGCAAGUUAUGGAAAUCACAGUAAAAUGGAGAGAUGGUGAGGGGCUGAAGGAGGAUAAAUAAAACACAGUCAGAGUCUGAAGCAGCCGCUGAUUAAACUCAACAGUCUGAGGAGCAGAAGCUUCUCCGCCUCGUCCUGCGACCCUCCUCUUCUAACCAUCCAUCCUCGCCUUCCUCCUCUCCAUGCCGGCGGAGGUCUCCCCUGGGCUGCCAUGGCGAAGAUCCGUGUGUCGUACGAGUACUCCGAGGCUGAGGACAAGAGUAUCCGGCUGGGUUUGUUCCUGAUCGCCUGCGGGAUCCUCAGUCUCUUCAUCCUGGGCUUCUGCUGGCUCAGUCCGACGCUGCAGAACCUGCAGAGCAAGCCGGCCAACUGUACGGUGGUGUCUGUGUUGCGUCCCGAGGAGAUGUUUGAAUGCAUUUUUACGUGCGGAGCAGACUGUAAGGGAACGUCGCUGUAUCCUUGCCUGCAGAUCUUUGUCAACAACUCCGAGUCCAACUCUGUGGCGCUGCUCCACUUCGACGAACAGCAGCUGGUCCUCAAUCCAAAGUGCUCCUACGUCCCCCCAUGUGAGAGGGACAACCAGAAGAACAGAGACAAUGUUCUGUUGUGGGAGGAUUACUUCACCAAAGAGGUCAGCAGCCAGUCUUUCACCUGCUUCUUCAACCAGCAGAGGAGGCCCGACGACGUCUUGUGGCAACGUUCCCAUGACACCAGCGUCCUGCUGCACUGUGUCCUCUGGCCAAUGGUGUCUCUCCUUCUGGGCACGCUCAUUGUGCUCCUGACGGUGUGCGCCCGUUCCCUGGCUGUCCGAGCCGAGGCGCUCCAGAAGAGAAAAUGUUCCUACGAGGUGUACCAGGACUUGUCCAUCACAACUUCAGACUGCCGCAGCAACAAGCCCGGGGACUUCCUAGCAAUGAACUCUGACCCAGAGCUGUCGUCGCCCUCGCGGACCCUACCUCUGUUUGCGGUGCCGGUGAGGCGACGGGAUCGGGAACAUUAGGACAGAGAGGAAAUUUGGUUUCUCACCUGCAGGUUAUGAAAAGCUGAUGGGCAACUGGAUGCUGCAGAUAAGCAACGACCGCGAGGAAGGGUUGAUUUGAUCUUCAUCAGGAUGAAGAUGAGAGUAAAUCCACUCUGAUGCUUGUAGAGUUCACCAGAAACACUGUAGAGAAACUUCAGCAGUUUUUCCUCGUUUGCCUUCAGCCUGAUCAGCAGGAUCCUGAGCUUGUAGAAACUGUCGGCUGAUUAAUGCGUUUUCUGGUAGAUGAAUCCACUUUGAGUUCAGAUUACAUCUAAAAUUAUAAAGUUAUACCUCUCGAGAAUCACUUAUCAAAACUUUUACUUCUGAAAUUUACUUUAUUAAGAAAGCAUUAAUUUUUAUUUGAUAAAGGUAAAGAGUUUCUAUAUUAAAUCUAUUUUUUUGGGGGAGUUCAUUAAAGCAUCUGUGAUCAUUUAAAUAAACCCUCCUUUACAUAUUUGCUGAGCAUUUACUUUGCACUUUUAGCAAUCCCCAGGAGAGUUUAUUAUAAAAAAGAAAGUGCUUCUUCUAGCCUUACAGUAGAUCUAGUAGAUUAAGCAAAAUAAAAAUAUUAAAACCACCAAACACAAGCAACCAAAGCAGCAAAGCAUCGGUUCUUACAUGGGAAACCACAAAUUGAUGUCUUGCUUCAUAGUUUACCUGAGAAAUGGCUUUUCUUACAGUUGACACACAUUGUACCUGCUCAAAUGUCAGCAAAGACUUGUAGAUAACACAAUGUGCAAGCUGGAUGCUACUCAUAUGUAAUGCAUAUUUUAAUAGAUGCUUAGAUGAUUUGUUUCAGCAGGAGAAUUUCAUUACAUCUGACACAGGUGUCAUAAAAGUUGGGGAUAUUACAGCUCAAAUGCUGGGAAGAAAAUUACUCAACAUGUUAAUGUUUUUCUCAGUAAAUCGGUUUCUAAUGGAGCUACUGAUAUGAAAUUCACACCGGAUGCCAAGUAAUCCACCCCCACAAAGUCUCAUGCAUUCCUCAGGUAUGAUUUUGGCACAUUUCUUCCACAUAGACUGUCUUUAAAUCUUUAAAAUUCUUCUGUGAGCUCUGAUCUUCAGUUAUUUCCAUUGAUUACAGUCUGGUGAUUGACUGGGCCAUUUCUUUUCUCUGAAACCAACUGAGUUUCCUUGUCUGUGUGAUUCGGAUGAUUGUCUCAUUGAUUUCAUCUUCUGAUUCUUAGCAAGAAUGUCCCAGUUUAUUUAUCCAUUUAUCAUUUCUUUAAUUAUAUGAUCCAAGUCUUAAAGUGACAAAUGCUGAAAAACCCACACCAUAAUGCUCCUUGAUGUGAUUGCACACGCCAGCACAUUCCCUCCAAAUCACCAUACCAACGGUGAGGUUCGGAGUUCAGUUUUGGUCUCUAAAGACCAGACUAUAGUCUCCUAGUAUUUCAUCAGUUUGUCCAAAUGUUUCACAGCAAACUUUAAAUUGGCUUUAACGGGGUUUUCCUUCAGCAGUGGAGUCUUGUGCAGUGAGAGUGCAUAGAAGCAAUUGCGGUUGAGUGCAUUAUUUAACCUUUUUGCUAGUCCUGAUCUUUCUGAGGUUUUUCAUUAAGGGUCGAUGGUUCUUGGAAACCUAUUUUUAUUGUUCAUUUAACUCCACUGUCAGGAAUCUCGUGAGGGGCACCUGGUCAUGGUUGGUGAAGUCGUUUAUUUCCGCUUCUGGACUUUCGCCCUAACAGCGCCUAACGGAACAAUCAGAAGUUUAGAAAUACAUCUGUUGACAAUGCCAUCAUUGUGCUUUGUUAGUGAAGGUUCCUUUGCUCCUCCUCUUCUUCAUGUGUUCUAUACCUAUUCCCUGUUUCACUCAUUUUAUUACUUAGCUUAUUAUAUAGAUUAAUUUGUUUGGAUAUCUUUGUAUGUGUGAAGGAUUUUUGGUUGUUGCCAAUAUCUGGUGUGAAUUUUCUUGUUAAUAACCUCUUCAGUCUGGACCCAAUCUGAGUGGUGCCAGUUACAGUUUCUAUGGGUUCUAGUUCUUCUUUUGUUUUUAGAAGAAAAGAAAGGGGGUGGAGCCUGUAUGUCGUAAGCGCGGUUUUUUUUUUUUUACUGUUCAGUUUUUAAAAUGGCAGAACUUAGCUUUUAGAUUAAGAUUAUGACCCUAAUAUCUGUCUUGCAUUUUAGAUGUGGAGGAAUAGCAGUUUGAAUAGAUGCUCCAAUUUCACCUUCUGAUGUGUCUCAUACUGUAGCAUACACGAUAUAAUCACCAGCUGAGCCAGACUGCCAUGAAGUUUGUUUUUGACAUGUCAGAAUAUUUAACAGCACGAGUGUCACAACUCAUGUGCUUAUGUUGUACAGCAAAUACAUGCUACUGCUUAUGAAUUUACACAAGUUCACCAAUAAUGAGGUUUGAUAAGAGAUUCAGCAACUACCAAACAUCACUCGGAGGGUGUCUGUUGUGACCGAUUAGAAAUCAGCAGGGGUCUAAUUUAAACAGAAGGGCGAUCAUGCAGGUGUUGACCCUUUUACUGUAGCUCUACUGUAAAAUGCAUUUUCCCUGUGCCCCAGCAGCCAAAAUGUUUCCAAACCGACAUGCAGAGUCCUUCUGUCUGCUUCAUGAUCGCCUCCAGGCCUUUCUCAAACAAAUCGUGUAUGUGAGGAUUACUGGAUGCAGCACUUUGAUUCAUGAUCAUGGUCCAUUUGUCGGUAUUAAAGUUAUAAUUUAUGACUGACCUCGCGGCUCGGCCAAGACUUCCAUCAGAAGGAUUUUUUUAUAAAGAUGGAAAACGUCUCGAGUAUAAAUUGAAGCCCUAACUGUAAAAGUUAGGAUCUGACAAACCAGUGGAAGUUUAGUUUAAAUUUGUAAUUAGUGGGGUUUUGAUUUAUUUAACGUAGCUGAUUGUUCUUUUAUGAACUCAAGCACAUAAUUGUUAGGUUAACUGGUUUCUCUAAAUUGCCCUAGGAGUAUGUGUGUGUGUGUGUGUGUGUGUUCUUGUACUUGUUGCUGAGUGAGAACCAUUUUUCGUAUUUUUAUCGCAAAGUGAGGACAUUUUG